AUGCCCGUAAAUAAGGACUUCGUCGAAAUCAAAUUGAAUACAACAAAUUCAAAACUCCUCGAGAAGGGUGCCAGUUAUAACAGCAACAUGAGCUUAUUCCGCUUUAAGGAUCGUAGCACAGCUACUAACAGCACAAUACCCUAUAAACAGGGUCUGUCGCUCACGACCUCAAAUGAGCUACAUAGCAUUUUUGGUGGCAGCAUUGAAUUUGUGCCCAACGCCUAUCGUUCGCCCACAGAUUUGAGCUGUCUGCGACAAAUGUACUGUCCGGACUGUGAACAGCGUUUACAUAUGGACACCAUCAGUUAUGAUCGCUUACUCUACUGUUGUCUGCCCAUAUUUCCCUUCAAGUGUCUAUACAAACGGGCCAUUGAACGGCGACAAAGUGGCAACAAAGUGAUUUGCAAAAGGUGUGGUGGAAAUUUGGGUUACUGGGAACAAAAGUGAUUAAUUGAUGUGCCCGAUUUGGAAAAUUUGUGCCAAUAAUGUGUUGA